AUGGCGGACACUGUCUCGAAGCAUCGAGCUGAGUUUGCCUUUGCUCAGCUUGAGAACGAGAGAUCUCUGACAUCUCUUCGUGACGAGCUAAGGGUAGAUCGUGGGAUUGUUGAUCGGUCUCGGGAUGAGAUAGCUGCUCUUCAGACCCUUGUUGAUGCCCACCAUCGGGAGCACAAGGCUCUCUGCGAGAUGCUUGAGCGCAAGGGCGUACUUCAUCGGAAGAAGCAGCGUACUGAUGGUACGGCUUAA